AUGGAUUCCAGGAUUUCGCAUAUGGAUGCUACUGUCAAGGCUCUGCUCCUACCAUGGAACGCUGGUCGAGCUAGGAUAAUUUGUUUAAACGUACCAGGCCGUGUCGAUGCCUCGAACAAUGCUACGACUUGGUCCAUCCCACUGACUGAAUAUCUGGGAGAGAAUACCGCGUUUUCUAGUCGCGAGAUUACUCGCAAUGUUGGAGGAGAGCCGCUUAGGUACCCUCUCCGGGUUUUCUUUAGGGAUAACUUUCUUAGGGAUGGUUCUCCUCUCAACCAUUCUGUGAGUGAGAUUACUCGCGGGAAGGCAAGGCAUGAUUGGGCAGGAAAUAUUGUUAUUUUGAAGUGGUCUGGCGUUCGUAGACAAGGUUAUCAGAACAUGACCUUGGGUGACCUCCCUGUCAUUGCUGCAUGGUUUUUGGCUUAUGAUUGA